AUUUCUUGUCUUAGUUGCCAAAUAAAUCCAUUUAAUGUUUGUAUUUCUUUUUCAGCGCCGUACUACUAUUAUUAAUUACUUUACGAAGAAAUUGUGCACCCACUAGCCAAGCGAAUUUAAUAUAUAUUUUCUCCUCCCUUGCCAAUUUCGUUCUCACAAUACUUUACUGCUGGGAAUACUGGCCACAGCUAAACGCAAACACGUCUUUAUACGCGUGUGAGAACCUAUAGCGACUCGCGGGUCUUUUGGCUGGACGACACUUUUUUCCCCCACUUUUUUUAUCUCCGACACUUUUUUAUUCAGUUUUUAUUAAUUGCGCAUUAUUUCAAUUUGACGCCAUUCCCCUUUUCUUCUCUUUAUUUUUUAUUGCAUUACGCCCAUACUAGCGACUUUACCGCCCGAAUUCCAGAAUCAGCACGCCCAAAAUAGCACUCUCCCUGCUUGCCCAAUGACUACUGCAGCCGUUCGACCGUCCAGCAAUUACCACACAUCAGACCAGCAAGAUAUCGUGCAAGCAAAUCAUAUGCAACAGCACCGCCAGUUUGCUCCUACACAGUUUGGGGAUUAUCCAUCUGACCCGAAGCCCAUUCCAACGUCCGCGGAUCCUUACCAGGCAUCCCGCGCAGCACCGCCGUCAGGCGAAAAACCAGUUUGGGCAUAUUUGCCUGGCCCCGCAGUCCAGCAACAGAGCCGACUUCCGCCUCGGGAACAGCAGCAACCAUCGGCACAAUACCAGAGUCCGGGUGGAGCAGAAAAACACAGCAGCCCCAUGCCGCCGCCACCACAACAUCAGCCGCAGCAGCGGCCUAGCACUCAGCACGCAUCGACUUCACGGCGCGAUGUUUCGAGCAGGCAUCCUGGUCAGCGCGAUCGCAAAGAACAGCGCAUCGGCGACUUUAUCAUUAAGCAGACCUUGGGAAAGGGCACCUUCAGCAAGGUGUGCAUGGCAGAGCACCGCGCUACGAAGCAAAAGUUUGCGCUAAAGUUCAUCAAGCCGACUUCGCCGCAGGGAGGCAGCACCGACAAGCACAACAUCCGCGUCGAGCGUGAGAUCAAGCUGCUAUCUCUUCUUUACCACCCAAACAUUGUGCGCUUAUACGACGUGGUUCAAACCCCCAAAUUCACAAUGAUAGUCAUGGAGCACAACAGUGGCGGCGAGCUGCUCCAUUACAUUCGCAAGCGUGGGCGUCUGCAUGAAAACGAGGCGCGCGGCUUUUUCCGUCAGAUUGUUAGCGCCAUGGACUACACUCACAGGAACUGCAUCAUUCACCGCGACCUCAAGCUGGAGAAUGUCAUGCUCGACCAUGAGAACCGGAUACGCAUUAUCGACUAUGGCUUUGCAAACACCUUUGAGUGGGACAAGCAACUAUCCACAUUUUGCGGCUCGCCGUUCUACGCGGCACCAGAGAUGGUCAACGGCAUCAAGUACACAGGCCCCGAGGUCGACAUCUGGAGCAUGGGUGUCAUUCUCUUCUUUAUGCUAUGCGGCCGCACGCCGUUCGAGGGUGAGAACCUGAAGGAGAUUUAUGAUAAGAUCUCCAAGGGCAGGUUUACUAUGCCACCUUUCCUCAGCAAGGAGGCCCAGCAUUUGCUACAGCAAAUGCUGACAGUAAAUCCCAAGCUGCGCAUUUCGAUGAAGGGGAUUGUGGACCACGCAUGGUCAAACAAGGAGUGUGACCACCCUAUCGACAAUCACCUGCCAACCCGCCCCUCAGUGGUUCUGCAGCCAAACGAAAUGUCGCUGCAAAAGAUGCGCGUGUACAAAUACGAAGUCGAGGCGGUUGCCUCUGCCUUGGCGCACAGCGACAUGGCGCUCACGCCGAUGGUGUGCAUCUACCACCUGGUUGAGGAGUCGCGUCGCCGCAAGGCAUCCAGGAACGCUCGCCGAAGCCAGGCCACCAACCUGGGCGGCCCCAGCGCCACCGGUUCGACCGUCGACGUAGACCAUGUUUCUCCUGCGCCGCCCCACGCGUCAGCAGUCACGCCGACCGCCGCGCCCAUCAGCAUAAAUGUUGAUAACGUGCGGCCCGCAUCACGCGGUCGGCAGAGUUAUACCCCCGGAUACCUCAACACCGAGAACUACAGCCCAACAUCGAGGGCGCCUACCGGCAGCAACGACCUCCGCCAACGGCCAAGCACGGCAGCGCCACAUUUCCACGGCAACACGAGUAGCAGCAGCAACGGACAAGUUUUAACUCCACAACCGCAGUAUCUCUUGCACAAGGAUUCAGACAUUAGCAACAAUCUCGAUUCGCCAUCGUUCGGUGCCAGCCAGUAUGAGCCUCCCCGCCUUCGCAAGGGCAGCGCAGCCAGUGGCCAGAUUUCGGUUAACAGCUCCCUCAACCUUGAAGCCUCGUCUCCAUUUUUGCGUGAUGAUGACAAACGGUCAAGCCGCUCAUCCAGGUUUUUUGAUCGGGUGCGGAAAUCAAUGCCCUUCAUCAAGGCCCGCCGCUCGCAGAUUCUGGACGAUGUGCCUCCAUUCGAGCAAUCCGAGAAUACGGUUGGUCACCGCAACAACAGAGUGAGCUUUUUCCAGGCGCCAUUCCGUCGCUUCAGCGCCGCCCCGUCUGCGCUGUCGCUCAACAACUCGCCGGGGAACCGCGUGCAGAGCUACUACCCGCCGUCAAAUCCGCCCCCACCGCCCCCACAAGCUCAGUUGAGGCAGAACAUGCAGCUUUCGGACCAGCUGCAGCCGCAGCUCAACCAGCCUGGGGCUCGCCCGGCAACUGCAAACGUCGACUCUCGGCCAAUUGUGUCGCCAAAUCAGCGCCCAUCUACCAGCGGCGGCCAUCACCACAGAUACACUGACUUUGGGCCGAUGAGCCAGACACCUAGUCCUCGUCUCGCUGCCGCUGACGGCGGAGAGCGCCACCGUAAGUCGGAGCCCCCGCGGGACCUGCCAUUCGACGUUAAUGCUAAUGGCAGUACAGACUAUAUUUUGCCGCAAAAGCGCGCUCAGCGGCCACUAUCUGUCAUCCCGAAUCGACAGGUCACUCCAUUGCGCUUGCACCCAGCCCAGAGCAUGCAAAGCAACCAGGUCGUAUUGCCAUUUACGCCGCAAACAGGAGCCGUCCAGCAAUUGCCAGCCGCGCUGACAUCGCGCGGAUCAGCACCGAGCGGGAUGGGAGCCGGGCAGCAGUCCACCAAUACCAAUGGGGGCAACAAAUCUGGGGCACGCGGGAUAUUUAAUCUUCGCUAUACCAUGCUCGGGCCGCUAGACGAGAUUCAUGCUAAGAUUGAGAAGGUUCUCAAAGGCAAGUCCAUCGUGUCGCGCAAGAUGGCGGAUUCAUUUUACAGCUGUGAGGAUCACGAUCUCAGCUUUGAGAUAUUUGUGGAUACGGUCCAGGGCCAGCUACACACGAUUAGGUUUAAGCGGGUGGAGGGCGGGUGGUGGGCUUAUAAAAAGCUGACUGUGGCCAUUACCAAUGAUCUACACGGUUUGGAGUUUGUUGAUUUGGUAUGAGUAGCAAUACUGUCUGCAUUUAUUUUUAUUUUUCUAUUUUUUCACUUGCCACGCAAUUGCAUCACUUUUUCUUUAACGCCUUUUUUGUUGUCUCGUCAUCCUAUAUUUUUUCUUCCUUUUUCUUUGCCUUUAGAAUAUAUAUAUAAUACAUUAAUAUUAGCUUACAAAUCCAGAUAAUAUUUAUAAAAUAACUAUAGAGGCUUGGACAU